CAUUUAUUAUUUAUUUGGGGGCAAGGGAACCACCCAAAGGGAACGAAAAAAGCUUAACUCCGCCCUUGCAGCUGUCGCUCCCUGUGCAGCUCGCCUGUUUUGGAAAAACAGCUGACCGCUCGCUGCUCUACGGUAAACCGACACCUGCCUGCCGCCUCACUGCCGUCGAAAUGCGCCUGUUGGAGGUCCUGCUGCACCCCUCCUCAGACAUGAAGAACAAACAUAAGAGGGAUGUGAAGACAGCUCUUCCUGAUCGCUUCAACAUGUCCAGCUUCGAGGUUUCUCUGCAGCAACUCAACGAUCUACUGACGGAUGAGAGCGGCUUCUACAGCUGGCCCACCAAACACUUCCAUGAGGUUUAUCCACGGAUCUACAUCGGCAAUGCAUUUGUUGCAACAAACGUGAUGCGCCUUAAGCGUCUAGGCAUCACUCACAUCCUGAACGCAGCAGAGGGAAACUCCUUCAUGCACGUCAACACAAGUGCCGACUUCUACGCCGGCUCAGGAAUCGUUUACCAUGGCAUCCCAGCCAACGACACCGACCACUUUGACAUCAGUGUCUACUUUGAAGAGGCUGCAGACUUUAUAAAGAAGGCCCUGGCUUAUAAAAAUGGAAAAGGAAAGGUGUACGUCCAUUGCAGGGAAGGUUACAGCCGCUCACCUACCUUGGUCAUCGCUUACCUAAUGCUUCACCAAAAAAUGGAUGUCCACUCCGCUCUGGCCAUGGUGCGACAGAAAAGGGAGAUUGGACCCAAUGACGGCUUCCUUCGGCAGCUCUGUAGGUUAAACCAAAGGUUGGCAGCUGAGGGGAAACUAUGGAACAAAUAAGUAACACAAGACUAAAGUAUGCUCAGUUGCAGAUGGCAUAGUUUCCACUUGUUUGAAUAUCGUAUGGGCCACUGGCCUGUGAAGCAAUGUUCUGAACAAAAUGACAGUACUUUCCUUCUGACUGAGGAGGGAAGCAGCAUUGUUUUGUCUCUACUGUACAGAGCAGAUUAACACAUUUUACACAUGAAUGGUGUUUAAAUUAUGCUCACAUGAACUUGCAUCUGGGUUAUUCACUAGCAGAUUAAUCUGGCCCUUUUAGAAGAUACCAGGAAUGUUCUGAAAUUAUCUAAUUAUUCCAGGUUUAUAAAAAAAAUGGAAAACUGACUCUUAAUGAAAAGUUCUAACAUUUGCAGAAAUCUCCUUUGGCCAAAACAAAAACAAAACUAAAGGCAUACAUGAAGUAUGUUUUUAAGACUGUACUUUGAGCUAGGGUUGGACACAUUUGCUUUGAGUAACUCCUUUUAAUUAGCAUUGCCCCGAUACUGAUACCCGAUACCUGGCUGUGCAGUAUUGGCCGAUACCGAUACCAUCUGUUUGAAAUUGAUGUGUCAUGUGUGUAUAUAUGAAGAACUGCAUAGUACUUGAAUGUAAAGUAACUGCCAUCAUUGCUUUGUCAAGCGCCUGCCUACCUUUGUGAAGCAGGAAAAAAAAACUAAUACAAAGUGAAUCCUGUAGAACUUUUUAUUGCCUACCUGGAAAGGGUGACAAUAGUUAAAUAAACAUUGCUCUCAAAAUGGUAUCGGUGCCCUAUUUGUUGUACUCGCCGAUUCUGAUACCACCAUUUUAGUGCUGUAUGGUGCCCCACCUGAUACUGGUAUCGUUAUCGGUGCAACGCUAUUGCUAAUAAUGGUUAACAUACUGUAAAAUUGAUCAUUUAUGACAUGUUUUGUGAAUAUUCGAUUUAUUAGAGUUUGGUGUUUUUGUUGUUUUUCCUUGAGGUUUCCAUUUUUUUAAUAGUAUAAUGCUGUAACACCUAUGGUGAGAAGUAGAAAAUAGAUUCUGUUGCUGUCAAAUCUAGUCUAAUCUCUCAUCUUCACUUCUAGCUAUUGGCACUUUGUUUGGCCCUUGUCCUGCAAACACUGCCAACGCUCUCAAUCACAGCUUCCCUCACUGUGAAUUUUCAUGAUGAAUCAGGAAAAUUUUAAAAACUAGAGGAUUUUAAUAAAAUAUUUUUUUCUAAUGUUUUAUGUGUGAAGGAACUUAACAAUCCUGAACAGUAUUGCACUUAGGAAGCUAUUUCAGAAGUAUUCCUGAAUAUUAUGCUGUCUUUAUGAAAAUUUUAGUGUUUUCAAUGACAAAAUAGCUGAAGUCAUUAUCACAAUGUGAAAAAAUUAAUUGUUGUGAAUUAUAACAUUAACUUUAUUUGUAGCAAACCAACUGAUCAAGAAUAGUAAAAAAAAAUCUACAUUAGAGAUGUUGUAAAAACAGUCCUAGGUUUGAUUCAAAACUACUUUAUUGAUCAAAUGGAAAAUAAAUAAUGUGGAGAGUCAAGUUAGCAUACAUAGUUAAGCCUUUUGUGUGGUAAUGUAACUAAAAUAGGUAAAUUAUUUGCUUUGAAUUCUAGCCUUAUUUCAUAAAAUAUAAUGACUUAAAUCACAAAGCAUUAAAUAAAAAUGUUGAAGUAAGCUACCCAAAGAAUUGCAUAAUUCACUUUAUAUAAUUUCUUCUAGUAUAAUAAUGUAAAAUGCCCUUUAAGCUUAGCAUAAACGCUGCAUUUUGUACUUUUUUACUAAGAUGACUUAUCUAAAACCUCAAUAUAUAGACCUGACAAAGGUAAUAUUUAAUUUAUAUCAAAAGAGUGAUAUAAAGCUUUAUGCCCAUCCAUCUAUCCAUUUUUUCUCACGUUUCAUCCCAGCUGGGGUCGCAAGGGGUGCUGGUGCCUAGCUCCAGUUGUCUACGUGUGAGAGGCGGGGUACACCCUGGACAGGUUGCCAGUCUAUUGCAGGGCAACACAGUCAUCAGCCUAAUGUCAAAAUAAUUCUUUAAUUAACUUUGAACAUAAACCUUUUUUAGUGUUUCUGUAACAAAGCUAGCUAUCUUGAAAACCAAAUCUGUGUUGAUGUAAAACAUGAGUUGGAAAUGUGCACAAAAAAUGUAUUCCAUUAGGAUUAAAUGAUUGUGUAUGACCUUGAAUCUGGAUUAGCUCAUAUAAAAAAUUACCUAAGCUUAAACUGUGUUUUAGAGAUUGUUUUAAGUGUUGUUAGCCAAAAAACUAGCCCCUCCUUUUAGUUUUCCGACUUACAUUAUCAAUAUUUUAUCUAGUUAUAACAACCAUUAUUCCACUGUAUAAUAAUUUCUAUUAUUAACUGUGAAAUAUAUAGCCUAGUAUUGCAUAACUUUAAGUAGAAUUCUUAGAAAAAACAUUUGAAAAAAAAUGGAUUCCUAUAAGAAAAUGCUAAUCAUGUUUCUUUCACUGAGUAAUUGCAACUGUAGACUGAAUGUAAGUAGGACUUCCAGAAUGUUACUAAGCCAAACUGUACAUUUUCAACAUGUGGUUAGCCAGUUUUGCACAGUGGAGUGUUUACUUGUUAGCAUUUUAAAUGCAGUUUUAUAUUGUACAGCUGCAUGUUUGCCAAAGUGUUGCUUACAGUCCUUAAUGGACAUGCCUGUCUCUGUGUAUUUAAUGUGCAUUAUUAAGAGUGCAUUAUCUGUCACAGUGUCCACUUUAUUGUGCCUGUAGCGUGUGACUCAUCAUCUACAUUACUAAGUGGGAUGUGAUGUAAACGAAUUGGUCAAAUCAGAAGAGCAAGUCUCACAGAUUGUGACACAGCUUUGAAAAAGUGCAUAUAAUGACA